UUAGUUCUAGAUAUCCGUACUCAAAUUAAAUGAGUACUUCAAUAAUAAACUCAUUACCAUCCAUCGAACUGCAGGAAAUUGAAAUUUUGCUAUUAGAAAUUCUUGGUAGAGUGGAAUCGAAGAAGUAGGGCAACAUGGAUCAGGAGAUUGACGAGUCGACGCUGACGACGACGAUGAAGUUGCCGGAGAGGAUGCGGACCGAGAUGAUCAUACCAGUGGCUGAGGAGACGUUCUACAACACCAAGUGGAAGGCGAAGGAAGCUCCCCUCUGCGCGUACGAUAUGCUGUACCACCCGCCCGACUACAACCCCAAAGCCGCCCGAUCCGACCGACAAGAACCAAAGAUCAUCCGCCAAAAUAUUUGGGAUCAAGAAUUGCAUAAACGCAUACCAUGUACGACCCACUUCACGCACGGGAGACCCACGUGGCCGAUCCUUGAUCGACCCACCAAGCAAUUCGUGAGGGUUGUAGUUAAAAACGAGAAUCCUCACAUGCGUCUGUACCACGUGCUAGAAUGGGCUGCGCUGAUGAACGAAGGUCUCAUGAGUCUGUGUUACUAGUCCAGUUGGACACCCCGUGAUAAUUUCUCUGAAGAUUUUUCAAGGAUCGAAAUUAAAACUACAUGUAUCUGCCUCAUAUUUUUUUCUCAAUAAAAUU